AGGCACACGGCGGUAGUUCUGACCAUUCAAAAUAUUUUUCGUUUCUCUUUUCGAAUUGCUCACUUGGUUUCAUCGUUGUCACACAAGACUUGUUUCUCUAUGAUUUGGAAGUUUAUUUCUGUAUAAUGUGACAAAGGUUUUGCCCACCUCAUGUAAAAAAAUGUAAAGUCUGAAGAUUAAAUGGAUUUUUCCCUCGCUUGCUAGCAAAGACGAUCAGCAACGCUAUGCCGAGUUUCUGCCGUGGAGCUGAAAAAUGAGCAGAUGACCUAAAACAACUUUUUCUCUCCGUCGUGUGCCGCGGCUUCGAAGAAAAGCUAAAGAUAGUGUGAGAAAGUGGAGGAGUAGUUUUCUCGCCUGGGCAGGCCGCGUGGAGUAGACUGCGCCGCCGGUGGAAAAUAGAAAACGCACGAAAAAAGCAGGUGCUGCUACUUGAGUCCUUCUAUCAAGGCCCGGGCGCUUCAGGAUGCUCGCAAGUCGCGCGAGCUCGGCCGAUCUGCGGAGGAAAAAGGUCGUGGAGGAGAAGUGCCAGGAUGUGUGGCAGCAGAAGCAGCGUGCGCAGGGGUUCCGGCUCAUGGACGCGUACGACUAUGAGCAGGGGAUCUCGCUCUGGGCACCCUCUGAAGAAGAUAACCCGGUGAAAAAAUGCACUGCGUUUUUGAAGCACUGUGUGGACACUGGCGCGGCACUGCGUCCCCCGACUACGGUCUUGAGGUAUGUACUACGUGGGUGGUUCUGCAUUCAGCGUUUUCUUUUUGUGCAGGUACUUUUUUCUCCUCAGUGCGUAUUCGUGGUUCUAGGUUGCUAUGUUAACUGUUCUGACUGAUUCAGCAUCAAUCUCUACAGAUACGAAUACGGAAACGCGAGCACCCGCGGGAAGAGCCGUUUGACGCAGAUCCUGGAUAGGAAGCCAAAGUCUACGUUUGGAGUAAUCGACCCAAAUUGUGAGCCGCACCCGCCGACCUACUCGCCUUUCGGCUGGCGAGACCCGUACCCGAAUCCGCAAGCGGAGCCGCUCGACUACGAGCUUUCGGAAGCGCCUCCGAAGAAACCGGGCUUUUUCUACACAUACGGUCGCGGGAUCGGGCCACACCUACAAGAGCCGAUCCUGCGAGCACCGCAGCCGCUAGCCUACCGCAAGACGCCAGCAACGUAUUACGACAAACCCGAGGGGCUUGUGUCCCAGUACCACAUUGACGGAGUGCCGAACAAAUCGUGGUACCCCAAGCGGCCACACACAAGUACCAUGCAUAUUACCGACAAAAAUUCUAUGUUUUAUUCGCAACUACAAUCGUCGAAAAUGAUCACUACACUUGAUUGAUCUUCCGAUGGCUACUUAGUUACUUCAGUAGAGGAAACUAAUGACUAGAAAAUCAGUUUAGAGCUCUGUGCGCAAAUCCAAGCUGGUCUCUCUGCUUUUUGCUUAGUGAGAGAACCAGCAUUCCACACGCGCGAAAGAAAUGUCUUGUUGCUGAAUACGAAACCAUCGAGCAGAAUCUUUUUCUUUCUGUCCUGAUCAAUUGGUAUUCAGACAAUCACACGACCUCCGGAUGAUGAAACAACGUCAAGUAUUCUCGUGCACGUGUUUCAGCGCACUGACUUUCUGUGCGUACAGUAUGUGGACGAGAAGGGCAUCGGCUUCGGCUCCCAGAGAUCCGAAAUGAUGAAUUCUCCAACAGGUUCUGGUGUGAGGAGUACGAAUGCACAUAGUGCCCGGUCGAAAUACAUCAACAAGGAACUCGCGAGGACGUCCGCGUUCAUACGGAAUCCGCAUGCUAUCGACCAGCGGCACUACAAGCGACGGCACAAAAUCGUCGAGAGCGAAGACAAAAUUCACCCCGGUUGGAACGACUGGAUGUUUGCGGAAAGCUACACGGAGCCGCAGCAGCACGCAAUGGCAAUUUUGCUCGCGAUUCGGCGGCGGGCGAGUAAAAUGAAACAACGUGUGCGGGACAUCUUCGCAAUUUACUGUGAUCGGAGGGAUGGUACAAAUCCGAAUGGUUGGCUAUUUUUCUCGUGUGAUUUUGUACAUUAAGUUCGGGGUGAUGGAAAAUUGAUCGAGAAGUAGUUCGCAGGUUCGUUGGAAAAGUGCCAUAAACGUCAACUCAGCCCAAUAAGAUGAAGGAAAUGUCGAAAAAUUUCACAGGAAAAGUAAACGGAGUGCUGCCACUCGAGCAUUUCCUGUACGCGUUGCAGGAGAAGCGGAUCAUCCCCUGGCAGACACUGACGCUGGAGCACCUAGCGCGGGCCUGCCGUGAGUUCGAUCCGGAGUUCAAGGGUCACGUCUGCCUCGAGCACGUGCGCCGCGUGAUUGUCCGCCUGCCGCAGGACGCGUUCGAACGACUCCGAAACUCAGUCUCUUCCUCGAAGUCGACGACUGCAUCCGAGAGCGACGAAGCGCACCUUCACAUACAGCUCGAUGAAGGGGGGGGAUCCAGUCCGGAGGAUUUGUUCAAUGUCGAAAAUCUUCACGCCGGUGGAACGAAUUUAGCGACGAGCAAGUCCACGACCGGAUUGCUGACCGGGGCAACUUCAAACGCCGCGACCUCCUCGACCUCCCGACUUCCGUUCGCGAAUCGGAGGACAAGAAGCGCACCCCGACUGCAGACCUGGCGCGACUUUGUCCUGGAAGAGCCAAAGAGUCCUACGGCGGGUGUCGGCAGUCCGAAGAAUGCGAGUCUGAGCCCGCGCAUGGACCGAUCGGCGUUAGAUCCGGUGGAGAUCGAGGCCAUGCGGUUGCUGCACGGUGCGCCGCUUUUGCCGCCUGGAAAAUACUUGAAGGCGACCGACUCCUAUCAUGUUGCGGAUCGGCCCGGCGGGGGUGGGUGA